CUGCCUCUCACUCCCAUUCUCCUCCUGCCGCGCUGUUCCUGUUCUCACUACUACGGACACCAUGGCAGCGGCAUCGGUUUACUCAGGAGCAGGUUUUGACUUCACCAAUGAAAUCAGGAACAACUUCUUGACCGAGCGCGGUAUCCCACUUCCCAAGGCCACCAGCACCGGUACAACAAUUGUAGGGUGCUUGUUCAAGGAUGGGAUCAUCCUUGGUGCCGACACUCGUGCGACUGAGGGACCCAUUGUCGCGGACAAGAACUGCGAGAAGAUCCACUAUAUCACGGACAACAUCCGAUGCUGUGGUGCCGGAACUGCUGCAGACACAGAAUUCACGACCGCCCUCAUAUCUUCCAACAUGGAGCUCCAUGCACUGUCGACCGGCCGCAAACCUCGAGUAGUGACUGCCAUGACCAUGCUCAAGCAGAUGCUCUUCAGAUACCAGGGACACAUUGGUGCCGCACUUGUGCUCGGUGGGGUAGAUGUCACCGGUCCCCAACUCUUCACCAUUCACCCCCACGGUUCAACGGACAAGCUUCCUUACGUGACUAUGGGCUCUGGAAGCUUGGCAGCGAUGGCAGUCUUUGAGGCAAAGUGGCGACCAAACCUGGAGCGCGCAGAAGCUCUCGACCUGGUCAGCGCCGCGAUCUCCGCGGGUAUCUUCAAUGACCUCGGGUCCGGCUCUAAUGUCGACGCGUGCGUGAUCACCGCGUCGCACACAGAGAUGCUCCGCAACUUCGUCAGGCCCAACGAGCGCGUCCAGAAGGAGCGCUCGUACACAUUCCGCCGCGGCACAACCGAGUUCAAGAAGGAGGAGGUCCGCGCGCUCGUCGUCGAGGAGGACGUCACGUUCAUCUCCGGGGGCAGGGGUACCGAGGGCGAGGCGAUGGACACGAGCUAGAUGUGCGUGAGGACGGGAGCGAACGCUUUAGGUGUGUGUAGUGUGAUUGUAAUUGUAUUGAAUCCAUAACACGCUCGCAAACUGCAACCGAACUGCG